UAUUGAUUCAAAUUUUCACAUCAUGAUUAGUAAAUAUUAUUGAGAUCAGUUUGAGUUCUAUUUCGGCUCGUAACGGUAGUAUUGCCAGAGUGAGUCGCAAAAGACAUUUCCAACCAGUAAGAUGGAAACUAGUGGUUUAUUCAAUCCUGCUGUUAGAGUGAAAAUCGAGCCUUGUGAUGUUUUGCUUACCCAAAAUAAUUAUGAAACCAUCGACGAGAUACCCGUAACUGAAAAUGUCAAGUACGAAAGGUUUCUUCAAGAAAACUCGACCCAAGAGUUUCAAGAAAAUAAGCUUGACGACAUUCACAUCGAAAUGGAAUGUACAGAAAUGAAGCCCAAUUUAUUGGCGGUUGCGAAAAUUGAAGAUCAUUCUCCCAAUCAAUGUCAGGAUAGCGAUGAAUAUAAAACCGGAAGCACAAUUAAAUUAGAAACUGUUGGGUCUGUGAAGAAAGAAUAUUUUGGUGAAGAAGAAACUGAUUUGAAUUUUGGACGUGGACCCAGCGAAAAAAAUGAAAAAGGAACUGUUUCAGAGGAGAUGAACUCUAAACAUAGGCUCAAAACUCGCACUGAAUCAGCCUGUAACGGCAAUAUCAAACUUGCAUGUGAUGUAUGUAGAAAAUCAUUUAGAUUUAAGAGUUAUCUCCAAAGACACAUCGAUGCGGUGCAUCGUAAAAUAAGGCAAGAAUGCGAUAUAUGCCAAAAGACAUUCUCAACAAAAAGUGAUCUCAAUAGGCACAUCGAUUCGGUGCACAAGCGAGUCAGACAUGCAUGUGACAUUUGUGGAAAGACAUUCACUCAAAAAGGUUUUCUUAAAACCCACAUCGAUGCGAUGCAUAAUAGUGUCAGACAUGCAUGCGAUAUAUGCCAAAAGACAUUCUCAAACAAGAGUAAUCUUAGAAAGCACAUCGAUUCGGUGCAUAAUGGUGUCAGGCAUGCAUGUGAUAUGUGCACAAAGAAAUUUACUGCGAAAAGAAGUCUUAAAGCCCAUAUCGAUGCGGAGCACAAUGGAAUCACCCACGCAUGUGAUUCAUGUGAAAAAAAAUUUAAAUAUAAAACUCAUCUCAAAAAGCAUGUGAAAUCGUCGCAUAAUGUUAUAACCCAUUCAUGCGGGACAUGCGGAAAGACAUUUGGACAGAAAAGAAAUCUCAGAGCCCACAUCGAUAUGGCGCAUCGCUCACGCAAUCAGACCUAAAAAAUGUUCAAAAUUUAUGUUGAAUUAAGUUACAAAUCCAAAUGUAAGAUCAAGAGUAUCUCUUCAGACGACUCAAUGAAUAAUUUUUAUUGAUUCUAUGACGAAUUUCUCUGUGUUAUGUUAUUUACAUAUAGAAAGAUAUAAAAAACGUCCAAGUUAUACUUCAAAUAGACAAAGUUGCCAAAAUCGAGA